CGCUGCCGCACGCACGACCGUCCUUAUUUCUGAUUGGCUGGGCAGUGACGCCAUCGCACGUAGGGAGUGGAAGCCCGUGCUCGUCUCUGGGUUCUCCCUUUGCCAACACUUCCGCAUCCGCUGUACGCGCAGUCUGUGAGCGCACUCCCGAUCUUCCUUCUCUGAUACCCGACUCACCCGCAGCCGCUAGACAUGAAUGAGGAGUACGACGUAAUCGUGCUGGGCACCGGCCUGACGGAAUGCAUCCUUUCAGGAAUAAUGUCAGUAAAUGGCAAGAAGGUGUUGCACAUGGAUCGUAACUCUUACUAUGGGGGAGAUAGCGCUUCCAUCACACCACUGGAAGAUUUAUACAAAAGAUUUAACAUCCCUGGGAGCCCUCCAGAGUCCAUGGGACGGGGACGAGACUGGAAUGUGGAUCUGGUUCCUAAAUUUCUCAUGGCUAACGGCCAGUUGGUGAAAAUGCUGCUUUUCACUGAAGUUACUCGUUAUCUGGACUUUAAAGUGAUUGAAGGCAGUUUUGUCUACAAAGGAGGAAAAAUUUAUAAGGUUCCGUCUACAGAAGCAGAAGCUCUGUCAUCUAGUCUUAUGGGAUUGUUUGAGAAGCGUCGGUUUAAGAAGUUUCUAAGCUAUGCUGCAAACUUUGAUGAGAAUGAUCCAAAGACACUUGAAGGAAUUGACCCCAAGAAAACAAGCAUGAACGAUGUUUACAAGAAAUUUGAUUUGGGUCAGGAUGUCGUUGACUUUACAGGUCACGCACUAGCUCUGUACAGAACUGAUGAAUAUCGGGAACAGCCUUGUCUUGAGACUAUCAACAGGAUUAAGUUGUACAGUGAGUCCCUUGCACGGUAUGGCAAAAGCCCGUACUUAUAUCCACUCUAUGGCCUUGGAGAACUACCACAAGGGUUUGCAAGAUUAAGUGCCAUUUAUGGAGGAACCUAUAUGUUAAACAAGCCAAUAGAGAAGUUGGUAGUUGAGAAUGGAAAAAUUGUUGGUGUAAAAUCUGAAGGAGAGGUUGCGCGAUGCAAGCAGUUGAUUUGUGACCCUAGUUAUGUUGCAGAUCGGGUCUCUAAAGUAGGGCAGGUUAUUCGUGUAAUUUGUAUUUUGAGCCACCCAAUAAAGAACACCAAUGAUGCCAACUCCUGCCAGAUCAUCAUUCCUCAAAUCCAAGUCAACAGAAAAUCUGAUAUCUAUGUGUGCAUGAUUUCCCAUGCACACAAUGUGGCUGCUCAAGGAAAAUACAUUGCGAUAGUCAGCACUACUGUAGAAACGAAUGAUCCUGAGAGAGAAAUCACGCCUGCUCUCGAACUCCUGGAGCCUAUUGAGCAGAAGUUUGUUAGCAUUAGUGACAUGUAUAGUCCAACUGAUUUGGGAACAGAAAGUCAGAUCUUUAUCUCACGCACAUACGAUGCAACCACCCACUUUGAAACGACCUGCAAUGACAUCAAAGACAUCUACAAGAGGAUGAUGGGAUCAGAAUUUGACUUUGAAGAGAUGAAGCGCAAGAAAGUAGACAUCCAUGGAGAUAAUCAGUAAUGACUCAAUACGUCUGAAUCUGCUACAAACGUGUAUUUCCGGAAAUUAGGAACACUGGCCCAGAUUUAUCAAGCCUUGGAGAGUGAUAAAUAGCACGGUGAUUAACGUACCAACCAACCAGCUCCCCACUGCCAUGUUACACGCUGUUGAAAAAUUAGGAGCUGAUUGGUUGGUGCUUUAUCACGGUGCUGUUUAUCACUCUCCAAUGCUUGAUAAAUCUGGGCCACUGUAUGAAACUCAAUAUUGUAAGGCCUGCUUUUUGUAAACACUGAAAUUCAAGGAUACUACACUGGUAGCCGCUCUAUGCCCCCCUCCUAUUUCAUUUUGUGAAGAGGCUGCUGCCCAGAAUAAAAAAAAGAAUUUGCUGUUACUAGCCCUAACUUAGAAGGAUCAUACAACAAACACAAUUAGCAGCGCUUAAA